AGUUAAUAUAUCGUUGAUUUAUCAAAUCCCCCCAUUCAAUUCACACGCUCUAUUUCUUUUUCAUUUCUUCGUCUUCAACCGAAUGAUUCCAAAUCAUUAUUAGUAGUACGAACAAUUACAAUUUCGAUAAAUCGAACUCAAAUUUGUGGGUUUUUUCGAUUCGGGUUUUCUUUAUUACAUUUGAUUUGGCAUUUUUGCCUUGACUGGAAUGAUUGAUCAUAACAAUGGCGAUGGCAAGGAGGCCGAUUAAUCCAUCUCAAAGAGUUUCGGGUGUUGGAGGAGGAGCUGGCCCAUAUUCGAAGUCGCAUCUUUCUAAAUCACGAUCUUCUCCAUUAUCGAUUGCGCUUGUUGUCGGUGCGGCAUUCCUUGUCAUCUUCUAUUUCUAUCGUGGGUCAGGUUCGUUCUUUUUUCUUUUGGGUUGUGUUUGAUGUUUUGCUUACUUGGAACAUUUCGUGUUCUUCCUUAAUUCUUCCUUUUGAUUGCUCAUUUCGUGAUUGAAUGUUUCAUAUAUAUGACUUCAGAGCAUAUUUUUUAAAUCUUGAAUGGAAAAAGGUUUGUCUCCCCUCAAGGAAAGGAUAAAGUUACUUUAGAUUUCAGGUGUAGUCUUAGCAUUUGUCGCCAGUACGGAAAGUGUGUGUGUCAGAGUAAAAAGGGUUUGAUGAUGACUAGCGUGACUUUCAGUGUGGAGAGCCAUAAUUUUCUGAUCUUAUGUUAUUGAGAACUUCGAAUGUGGACUUUGUUUUCAUUUCUGAGUGUAUUUUUCUUCCUUGGCCGACACUGGGAAACUAUAUUUGCUUUGCAGGUGGUCUUGGAAUCAAAGGAGCAGUCAACAGAGUUGAAGGCGAUUUCUCAUGUACCUUUGAGGUUGAACGGGCUAUUCCCUUUUUAAAGCAGGCCUAUGGUGAUAGCAUGCACAAGGUUUUGCAUGUUGGCCCUGAUACUUGCUCAGUGGUUUCUACGCUUUUAAGAGAGGAGGAGACAGAAGCUUGGGGAGUGGAACCAUAUGAUAUAGAGGAUGCUGAUCAUAACUGCAAGAGCCUUGUCCGCAAGGGCCUUGUUCGUGUGGCUGACAUAAAAUUUCCUCUUCCAUACAGAGCGAAAUCAUUUUCGCUUGUGCUUGUCUCAGAUGCUCUAGAAUACUUGUCUCCGAAAUAUUUGAACAAGACGCUUCCUGAAUUGGCUAGGGUUUCCGCUGAUGGCCUUAUCAUUUUUACUGGCUACCCCCAGCAUCAUAAAAUCAAAGCCGUGGAUAAAUUCAAAGUUGGCCGAUCUGCUAAACUUAGAAGCGCAGCCUGGUGGUUUCGGUACUUUGUUCAGUUAAGUUUGGAGGAGAAUGAGGCUGCUGUCAAGAAAUUUGAUCAAGCUGCGGCGAAAGGGUCCUACAAUCCGAGUUGCCAGAUUUUUCACCUCAAAUCAUACCAAUAGUGUUAUGUCGGUUCUCUUACCACACAGAAUAUCAGGUUCUUGAACACUUAAACAGUGACCACUGUAAUGACACAAAUCACCGGCUUACUGUUAUGCUCGGUGACCUAUAGAGUCGCUCGUCGAGAGAUUUCUCGCUCAAGGCAUUGUGAAACAUAAUCAACUACAUCUAUUACACAUUUUAAGUUUCUAAUUUACGUAGAAAAUUCAGCGCAACUUAUUUGUUUCUGAAUUCGGA